AAAUAUAUUUUAAUAUUUACAUAACUAUAAAAUUGAAGUAAGCUUUUACCAUAAAAUAUAGUUAUGCCUAUAGUUGCUAAUGAUAAUCCUGAUAAAGUCUACAAAAAAGGUGAUCCCUUUCCAGCCCGUGCUGACCCAAACCUACUGCGCCUAUACAACUCCCCGCACUGUCGGUUCUGCGAACGGGUACGGCUAGUGUUAGCCGCCAAAGGCAUUGAGCAUGAAGUAAUAAAUGUGAAACUUAAGGACAAACCCGAGUGGCUCCUGGACCGCAACCCAUCGGGCAAAGUACCGGUGCUUGAGAUCGGUCCCGACAGUCAAAUCUUAACCGAGUCGCUCAUAAUUAGCGAGUAUUUAGAUGAGGCCUAUCCUGACAAACAGCGCCUACAGCCUGAGGAUGCCUUCCAGAGGGCCACCGAUCGACUGUUUAUCGAGAUAUUCAGCGAAAUUUUCAGCGCCAAAGAGACGGUUAUAAAGCAGUUUCUCGUAACUGAAAACAUGGCGGACAAGUGGACAGACAUUAUGGAGGUACUGACAGCUCUGAAUAAAGUGCUGUCCCAGAGGCGAUGGAUCCAUAAGUUUAUAUCCGGUGCUGAACAGCCAUGUCUGGCCGACUACAUGGUGUGGCCAUUAAUCCAGGGAUUGGUAGUAUUGGUAGAUCUGGCGGGUCAGGACAGGGAGGAACUUAUGCCUAAAUGGUUGCCCGCUCUAUACGACUACUGGCGCCAAAUGCCUACCGACCCCACUGUCCAGAAGGUUUGUCAGCCCCACGAGGCACAGGUAGCCGUGCAUCGAGAUAUGCGUUCAAAGAUAUUUAAAAAGUAGUGCCA